CAGUCUCUUUCUUUUCUUGUUCGCUCAACAUCAACCUCUUGUGUUAACAGCCAUUAAGCUGGUUGUGAAUUUACUAUAGCUGUAUGUCCAAAGAUGUUAGCUAUUUGUCACUUUAAAAAAUAUUAUCAAUUGACUGCUUAUUGUUUAUAAUGAAAACUUCAACCAUCAGCCUUAAUUAAAGCCAUUGUCACUCAAUUAACUCUUCCUUAGUUCUAAUGAGGAAGAUCAACCGGAGUAGAGAAACAAGCGAGUUUACAAAGACUGACCAUUACUGCUAAAGGGUGGAGUGGAAUAUUUUACUAGAGGACCAAAAAUGGAUUAUUUUAAUAACAAUUAUCUCAACUUUACUCAAUUUAUUACACGAUCAACUAACCGUCUACACAUCUGUGAUCCUAAAAGUGGGCUGAUUAAUGAGCCAUUAUUUCAAUUAGCCAAUGGUUUGAUUUUUGUAUCUUACAUGGCAUCGACCAGCCUGGCUGGUUUACUGUUUAUGCGAUGUUGUCUCGUCAUUGGUUCACUUUGCCUAGCUCUAUGGGCUUACAUUAACGUCUGUUCAAUUGAUACAGUCCUUUGGAAUCUAUUAUUUUUCAUGGCUCAUGCUGUUUAUAUAUUUAUUCUAGUAUACAAGUUACAUCCAUUCAUCAAAUUUCCUCGCGAUGUUGAAUUGGUUUACAGGGAUCUAUUUCAACCAUUAAAAGUUUCUCGUCACUCAUUCAAUAAGUUAUUUAAAUCCAUCCGAGAGAUGCAAGUUCUUAAAGCUCAUGACAUCUAUUGCGUUGAAGGUAAAACUCCUGUUGACAAGUUAUCAUUAUUGGUUUCUGGGCGACUGGCAGUUCUUAAAAACGGACGUGCUCUCCAUUUAAUUGACGGACACCAGUUUAUUGAUUCACCUGAAUGGUUUGGUGUUAGUUCCAGUGAUGCUUAUCAAGUUACAAUUGUUGCCUUGGAAGAGUGUCGUCUCAUUGUUUGGCACAGAGACAAACUUAAGUUAAUAAUUUCAGGCGACAAUUACUUACAGACUUUAAUGGACAGCGUUUUAGGUCGAGAUGUGGUAAAAAAGCUUCUUUUUGUUACGGAUACAAUUAGUAAUAACUUCAAUAUUGAUCAACAGCUCAAUGAAAACUCAAAGCUCAUCAUGCCAAUUCACCGAGCCAUGGAUCAUGUUGUUAAAAGAGAGAUUCACGACAAUGGGACUCAUUGUUUUUGGACUCUCUCUAAAAUCACUGAAGACUCGGAGACCAACGUUUAACAAAAAUAACUUCAUCUUACCGAUUGAAUCUUGAAGUGCCAAUGAGUCAGUAAAUGCCAAUUUUCAAGCUAAGGAUAUAACUUCAUUGCACUGCCUACAGAAAAUGGUUAUUUUCAACUUUAUCCUAUGCUUAAAAUAGAACCAAUCAGGGUAGAUCCUUUUUUCACGGAUUUUUGCUUUUGACGGUCUAAAUUAUCUUCCUGGAAUCAUUUCGUAUUCACCUUUAACACAAUGAUUUCAAAGAGCGACUCAUUGUCAUCACAUUUUAUCAGACCAAAUGAUCUCAUUUUUACUGAUAUUGCCUUUUGAAUACAAUUUCUGUAAUUCAAAUCAACCAAUUGAUAUUGCUCUCUAUCUAACAUUUUACAUGACCAUUUCUACAAAAACCUUUCUAAAUUGCGUAAAUUCCUUUAUUUUCAUCAUGAUUUUCUAAUUGUACCUGAGUCUCAACUUUUUCGAUUUCUCAACCUGAUCUAAUUUAUAAAAAUCAUGGUGGUAAAAAAUGAAGGCGCAAUUUGCACGAAUGACCAAUCUCAUCUAAUCAUUGUUAAUUGCUAAUCUCUUCAACUCUAAAUCUGAGCUUUGAAAAUUGUAUAAUAAAAUAAUAAAACUAAUCAAAUGUUCAUACAACAAGAAAUCAAA